GAUAUCAAUACUCCCGACUCCCAUGUUUGGACACCGAUCUCAGAAGCAGGGUUCAUAGGCCACCACGUAAUUGUGCACGCCUUACUCGAAGCCGGCGCAUCAGUGAGUGCUCCUGACGCCUCACAUUCGACUCCCCUCCUUUGGGCAGUAUUCAAAGGCCUUGAACGAGCCAUAUCCACGCUCCCGGACCAUGGUGUAGACUCCUAUCGAGCGGACCGCAACGACUGA